CACAUGCAUGCAACAGGCAGAUAAGGUGUCCUCGAAGAUAGCGCAAGCAUUUUGCCUUCGUUGCUGCCGUCACCUGGCUCAGGCAACGACUCGUCGAGGUCUCCAUGGAACCUGGGCGAGGAGUUCCAUCAUUCCUCUUCCGAAGCAUCCAGCGGACGAGAUAGGCAAGAGCUGUAGUUUGGAGCUUCCUUCUCGUAUUCUCGCUUCUACAGUACCUCCUCUUCGAACAAUACCGCUGACCAGCCGGAAGAACCGUACAACAGAUGGGCAAGAGAUUUUAGUGAGAUAAGUAUGCCCGAUCUGGAGAGUCCAACAUGGUUGGUUGAGCUUGGGCAGCCUCAGGACGGUCGUAGAGAGUGUUAUUGUUAAAUCGAUGGUGGUGGUAACGAUAAGGAAAUAUAAAGGAGGUCUAGAGUUGAUACUCGCUGAGUCGCUUCGUCACAUUGUACGAACCACUUGGCAACAAAGACCAUGACUGACAACUCGAAAGCGCUUGCCGUCAAGCUUAAAGAUGAAGGAAACGCGCUAUUUAUAAAGAAACAGUACGCCGACGCGUAUGUCAAGUUCUCUCAAGCAAUCGCGCUAGAUGACAAGAACGCUAUCUUCUGGGCAAACCGUGCAGCAUGCCUGCUCUCCAUGGAAAGGUGGGUCGCGUUCCCAUUAGCUUGGGCUGGCAAGAGUCACACCCCCAUCGCUGAUGGCAGACACCUUGACGCGGCUCACGAUGCUCGGAAAGCCACGACUCUUGAUCAUCUGUAUCCUAAGGCUUGGGCGCGUCUUGCAACCGCGGAAUCUGCACUGAGAGAUCAUGAGAAUAGUGCCGUACAUUGGGAAAUGGCCCUUCAAAUGCUCCCUAUUGAAAAUGUGUCGCCCGCUGAGAUUCAGCAGAGACAGUAUUAUAUGGAACAGCUGAGCAUAGCGAAGGUGAAAGUCCAAGCUUUGAAGCGAAGCGAGGCUGGAUUUUCGGUCGCGACCCCUGAUCAAACGCCCUUUCAACGAGCGUUGUCUUUGGAAAAUGAGUUGCGAAGUCGGACAACGGAGAAAGCCAGCAGUAGUGGUUGGGUCUUGAUUGCAGCUUACAGGGAUUUCAAGCAGGGAGUGGAAAAUCUGAAGAUGCUCAAGCAGUAUGGUUCUGGUCCAGGUGCGAUAAUUAUGGGUCAUGCAGGUGCUCUCACCGACAUAUCAAAUGGAGUCUUGCGCGACUCUCGUAUCUUCCACAUUGAUGGUCCCGACUUCAUUUCCGCAUAUAAUAGACAAGUAUCAACUGAAGCGCAAAGGUGGGGUGCAUUGACGGAAGGUGGCACCGAUCGCGUAACAUCUGAAAUCCUCAAACUUCAGCAAGCUAAAGGAUGGGACGUAGCUCGACCUGCUCUAUCAACCACCGUUCGCGCGUGUGUUAUGCGAGGCUUUCUGGAGAGUCAUCUGAAGCAGGAUCAUGAUGUCGGUGAGGAAUUUCUUCGCCGCGCACUGGAGGUACUCGAGUGGGGUAACAGUGGUCCAUGGGGGGCUGUGCCAUUCGAGAAUAAAGGAACAAUUUUCAAGAAGUCUUUUAUACAAGGUGUCCACGUUCUACAUAUGAAGACAUAUAUGCAGGGAUACCUACAUUGUCCCGGCCCACAAUCCCGAUUCCCCUUGGAGAAGUUGUAUGACGAGGCUAGCCAGGUCAUGUUCGAGAGCAGUUUAGUGGAGAAGGAGAUGGAAAGUCAUGACGUCGAUCCGGGAUUCUCGUCAUGCUAUCCAUACCCGAAAGGCUACGCCUACGCAAUGAUUGGUUUUUGCCAUGCUCAAAUGGCCGAGCAACAGGUGGGAGCAGCUUGCUCCCACUUUCUUCAGGCAGCUACAUCGUAUUCACAAGCUGCAGAACAGUUCCCUCGUGACGAUGAAAACUAUUGUUGGUAUCUCUACGCUUCUCUCGUGAAUUUAUGGAGAUGUGGCACUCCAAUCAAGGAUACCCUUCUUAUCAUGAAGAACAUACGUGAGGCAAUUCCUGAGAUGAUGAAGAUUUGGGAGCAUUCUGCACUGGCGCGCCAAGGUAGGGAUGAGGCCCUGCAGCAUGUCCUGCAGACAGAGGAAGGCAUCCUUGAGGGCCUGCUGAACGAUACAUAUAAGAUGGACGAUAUGAUCCUGCCGGAAUACUUGGUGCAGAAGUAGUCCUUGCAUUCUCACAUCGUUUUCUUGCUAUAUCGUUUCGCGGAUUGAUGUCACAUCGCUUGAUCUGCACUCAUUCGCCCACGUUUAGUGUUCAUUCCAUUGUCGCUUUCUCAUCAUCAUCAAUGACAGUACUCAUGUUGCUGAACUGCGGCUUGACUCUAGAUAACCAGGCUUAUGUAGAAAGGAGACUGGUCUCUGAUAGCUAGGGUAUCUAAUAUUGUGCCCCAAACUCAUCAACCGGCGUAUCAAGACGUAGACAUCCGUGCUACUAGCUGACGAUUUGAAAUGUCGGAGACUUCCGUUUUACCGAGUCUAGCAGCUCAAGCGAAUCAACAUUAUUACAUACC